AAACGGCUACUAACAUUUCGUAAACCGACCAGGCAUGGUAAUGUUUUCAAGUUCGUUAUUUUGAUUUUCUCUGGACAAAACAGAGAGAGGGAUGAAUAAUUGCGCAUGAGGUUUCAGAGAGAUUAGGUCUUCAAUUUGGGAUUCUAGGGUUUUAAAUGGGUAGGGUUUUUCUCGUUGAAUUGGAAGGCAGGUCUUAUAGAUGCCGCUUCUGCAAUAACAACGUUGCUCUUGCCGAUGACGUCCUCUCUCGGACUUUCAAUUGCCGCCAAGGGAGGGCAUACCUUUUCAGCAAUGUAGUUAAUGUGACAGCUGGACCCAAGGAGGAGAGGUUGAUGCUUUCUGGUAUGCACACUGUGGAAGAUAUUUUUUGUUGCUGUUGCGGACAAAUUCUUGGAUGGAAAUAUGUAACUACACAUGACAAAUACCAAAAGUACAAGGAGGGAAAGUUUGUUCUUGAGAGAUGGAGAAUAGUUGAAGAGAUGAUGGAAGACUUAAAUGCAGAUGCUCAUCCUGGUUCAAGCGAUAUGGAAAAUCCUUAGUGAGUUUGUGUAAUGUUCUCCAAAAUAAGGAAAUUGAAGCGUACAUGUCAAAGAGUGCUGUAUGUAUAAACAAAUCUAGAGGUUGUAGAGCCACCAUUGAACUGCAUGACCAUAAUCUUUAAUAUCAUUAGCUUUGAAUGGAAUCAUUGUCUUGGAUGCUGAAUA